UGCAAAACUAACAGAAAGAAUAUUCUCAACUCGAGGCGCAGAGUUUUAGACACUUUUGGACUUCCCAACGGACAUCGGCAGGCCCCAGAGCUGGCCACCAAGAGCUGCCCUAAGGAUCACAGCGGCCGCUGAGAGCUAUCGCAAGGACUCAGGGGUUGCUGAACUACAUUGAUGGCCUCCCAGAGCUGCUGAGAGGACCACCAUGGCCGCCCCAAGCUGCAGUAAGAACGACGACGGCCGCCCGGAUGCUGCUGGAAGUGACACGACGACCGUCCGGAGAUGCUGGAAGAGUGGAGACCGCCGCCCAGAGCUGCUGAAAGAACGACGACGGCUGCCAGAGCUGCUGAAAAAUGGUGGCCGCCCCCCAGAGCUGCUGUAAGGAGAACAACGGCUUCCAGAGCUGCUGGAUAGACAAAAUGAGCGCCCAAAACUGAUGUAACACCAUCCAGAGCUGCCGUAGCAACAAAAGUGGUCACAACGAUGAUAAAAGCAUGUAAAUAAUGGAACUAACCAGAUCUACGUGGCGAACUUACUGCUAGUAUCAUUAUUAUACUUAGUAUAAAGUACUUCUUGAAGUACUACUAGUUGCAAUGGAGGAAGGAAAAAGCAAGCAGGAGAUACACUCAAUUCGAAAGACAAGUUGUUGCUUUGCUUUAUGCCACUUGAAGUAUUAGUUUAUUGGCAGCAUCGACGCUGGCAGGAAUCGAUUUGAUUGCCGCCGGCAAAACCAUUAGCAC